AUGGGUGUCCGUGUCUUUAACUGCUGUGCCGUUUUACUAGCGGUAUUUUACGUGUGCUUUGGCGCCACUGACGCCGCCGCCAUAAAUGGUGGUCCUCGCAGCGCAAGCGCACGCGCCUUGACACCAGCCAACGAAAAUGUACACGCGCUGCGCGUCGCCCGUCAAGCAUACUCUGAUGAAGACGAAUCUGAGGAGGAAGAUGAUAUACAAGCGCAAAAUUUCGCACAACAGCAGCAACAACAAAUCCCCGACGAUUCACAAGAAGACAGCGAUGAGGAUGAUGCCGAUGAUGAUGGUGAUGAUGACGGCACACGCCGGCGUCGUCGCGAUACACAGGCCGCAGAGGGUGGGCAAUCUGAGUCACCAAUGCAUGGGGAAAGCGCCGCAGUACCAGAACCUUUACCAGCGCCGGCCACAAACGGCGUGACCGAUGCAAUCGAGAAGGAACCCGAACACAGCGCUGAGGCUAACGCACCUACCGUGGCUGCUGCGCCUAACGCACCCUCACGCAAUACUUCUGUACUCAUACUCAUACGCGAUGCAUUGAAGAAAGUGACCACACUGCCCACCGAGCAAGUGGCCACCAAUGCGCUACAGUACUUCCAGCUCUUCGAACAUUUCAUACAACAGACCAUAGAGAAUGUGAUUGGCGAUGAUGAUGAUGAUGAGGAUGAGGCUGCUGGUGUUGCGGCAACCACUAUCAAGCCGGAUGGUAUUUUUACGCCGGAGGAAGAAGAGAUUAUUGCUGGUGUUGAAGAGAUUCUGAAGGAACCCGAAUUGGUCAAUAAGCAACCAACUCAGGAACCGAAACCAGCUGAGACACCGGCGGCAGUAGAAAAUGUAGUGGGUGAAACGAAACCAGCUCCUCUUCCGGACAUGGUUACAGAAGAAAAACCAGCAACGGCUGCGGUAACAGCUGCAAGCGCGGCUUGA